CCCUUCUUCAACAUCGCCUUUUCACCAAACCAGCCUGCGCGUGAGCUAUUCAUCGUCAGCCACCGCACCUAAACCAUUUCUGGCCCCAUUGUCUAUUUCGUGUUUUACUAGACAAAACCAAAUCAAAAGAGAUGGCUACUACCGCGAUGGAUUACGAGGCUGCCAAUGGCGACCGGUACGAAGACGAGGCUCCUCGAUAUGAACGCGACAACCGAAGUGCCUCGCCUCGCGCUCGUGACGACAACGAAGGCAGCCGUCGUCGCUCCGCUUCACCCGGCGGCCAUGGAGACAGCAACAUGAAGGACGUGUCUGCUUCCCGGGACGACGAUGAUGGAGCUAUCAACCCUGGAUCCAACCUCUUUGUCACAGGUAUCCACCCCAAGCUUUCCGAAGCUGAGGUGUCUAAGAUGUUUGAAAAAUAUGGGGAUGUUGAGAAGUGCCAAAUCAUGCGUGACCCUCACACCAAAGAGUCCCGUGGAUUCGGGUUUGUCAAGAUGGUCACAUCCGAACAAGCCGAAGCUGCCAAGGAGGGUCUUCAAGGCGAACAGAUUGAGGGCCGCACCUUGAGCAUCGAGAAGGCCCGCCGAGCUCGUCCUCGUACUCCGACUCCUGGCAAGUACUUUGGCCCACCCAAGCGAGAACCCCGUCCUGGACGUUACGAUGAUCGCCGUCGUGGUGGUUACGGCGGCGGCGGCGGUGGUUACGGUCGUGAUGACCCCUACCGCUACCGUGGUUACGACCGCAACUACGAGCGACGUUACGAGGAGCGUGGAGGUGGUUAUGGUGGCAGCAGCGGCGGCGGAGGAGGAGGCGGCGGCGGCCGCGACUACGACCGCAGCUACCGUGAUGAGCGUCGAUACGAGGAUCGAGGCGGCUAUGGUGGCCGCGACUACGAUCGAGGCUAUGAACGCCGUGACCGUGACGAGGGUUACGGCCGUGAUCGCUACGCAGGAGGUGGCGGCGGCGGCGGCGGUCGUGAUGAGCGAGACCGCUAUGGUCCUCGUGGAGGUCCUGGCGGUUCUGGCUAUGAACGUGGUGGUGACCGAUACGAACGCGGAGGCGACCGAGAUGCCGCUCGAACUCGCGACCCAGCUGCCAGCGCUGGAGGAGCUGGUUAUGGCGAAUCUGCCUCUCGAUCCGAGACACGCGAUGCGUAUGGAGGCGCCCCCGACCGCAACAUUCAGUAAACGCAUAGCUGAUGUUUGCCACGACUCGACUGAGACUGAACGAUCAGUCUUUGGGAUCACACGUCCAUUCUCCUUUCCUCUACUAACCCCGUAACUUUGCUUGUUCAAUUUUUCUUCUGUUAACUGUUAUUUACUCGUUGUUUUCUUAUCUUUCAUGGACCACAGCAGACUGAAUCGGGCUCUGCUCACACAGGAGUUUAGUGUGAUUGCGACAGUUAAGGGAUUGGAAUCAAAAAUGGGUACUCGGCCUGCGUCACUUGAGUUUUCUUGUUGCUGGUCGUCGGUUUUGCAACAAGGUCACAUAUGGACCA